AAGGAUCUCUUCCCGGAUCCAUUCCAGGCCUACGUGUUCUCGGCGCUGCUGGUGUGGUUGGCGGUAGCGUUGGUGCUGCUGCGACGCGAGUGGAAGAAAUCCAGUCGGAUUGUGGUGGAUGUGUUCCUUCAGCAAGGACCUGAAGCUGUACAGUUAGUGGAAGACCGUUACAAAGACCAACUGAAUUUACCUGAAGAAUAUUCCCUACUCGCGUAAACUCCCAUUAAACCAUGUCGGCCCUUAAAGAUUUCUUCAAUAAAAUGAAAAAAGACAAGAAAUUCCGCGACGCCGGCCCCGGUCACAGCCUACAGCAGGCGGCGGCUCGCACUUCCGACCGUCCGGCAGUUGAUGUGCGCCCCACCGAUUCCCAGCAGGCGGUCUCCUCCUCAGCCGGCCGCCCACCCCAGCCCUCUUCGGACAGUAACCAGAAAGCCGCCCAAGCAGCACUGGCCCGUCUGGAACAACGGAUGGGCGGUCUGGGGAAGAACACCAACCUCCUGAAGGAGGUCUUCACCGAGAUGGGCUACAGUAAAGUGGAAGUGGAGGCCGGUGCAGCCGCUGGUCCUUCCCAGCCGGUCCGGGAGAAUGAGGCCGCUGGAUUGCCAUCAUUAGCGGUGGAGGGCGUGUUCUAUCGGUGCCCGGUGAUCGGGCCGUUUGUGCUGCCCCGUGAUGAGAUGGAGCGGAAGAUUCAGGAGUUUCUCAAGGAGCAGGAGAAGGCCGAUCCCACCAUCGCUAGCGCCGUGAUGCUGGCCACGUUUAACAAGGACGCGGAGAAACUGCAGGCCGGACGGGACAUAUUGGAUCGGUAUCUGGGGAAUAUUAUCAAGGAGCCCGGGGAGGAAAAGUACCGGAAGAUUCGCAUUGGGAAUCGGGUCUUUCAGGAGAAGGUGAUGAGUCUGAAUUGUGCCGAUCGGUUCUUGGAGGCAGCUGGGUUUCAAAAGAUUCCGAUGCCGGUGGACGACAAAGACGAAGACUUCUACGUCCUCUUCCCCGAUCACGUCGACACGGAGAAGCUGUCCGUCAUGCGCGACUACCUGAUGCAGGCCGAGCCCGUCGUCGCCGAGCUGGACCGCGGUCUGCGCGUCUUCCGCCCCACCGGCGCCGUCGCCCAGUUCAACCUCCCGGACGAGUUCUUUGACCGCUCCGCGCAGGAAGUCCAGGACGAGUACAAACGCCGCAUGGAGGAGCUGGACAAGAGCCUGACGUUACGUACCAAAGCCAUGCGGGAACGCGAGCAGCAGCAAGGCAAACCGGCGCGCAAAUACCGCUUCACGGUCCUCCGCAUCCGGCUGGGCGGGCUGAUUCUCCAGGGGACGUUCGGGGCGUAUGAGAAGGUGGCCGCCGUGGAGGAGUGGUUGAAGGAGUGUCUGGUGAAUCCGGAAUUGCCCUUCAGUUUGACCACGGCGGUGGGGAAUAAAUUGGAUAAGGAAAGCCGGUUGAUGGAGGUGGAUUUGGUGCCGGCGGCGGUGUUGAAUUUCCAUUCGGGAUUACCGCUGCCGCCCGGUGGAAGCGCGGUGGAGGUGCCGUUUCUCAAGGAGGAGGUGCUGGCGCUGGCAAUCGAGGGAGUGCGCAAGUGAAAAAGUGUCAUGGGGUUAAUUCUGACAGCUUUGGUUCCGGAUUUUCGGUUUGUAGUUUUGGUAACCCCGGUUGAUAAUUUCUCUUGUUUUCGACAAUAUUUGAUCGACAUUUUCUGACAGGAAUUUGCGGGUUAUUUGCGUUUCCAUUAAUUUUGUGUUAAUUUAUGGUUUUCGAUGAAAUGGAAUUGGCUUGUCCGUGGACUGUGAAGGUUGCUAACGUUUCUUACCGAUAAAGUUCUUAAUGAAAGUGCUGUCUUGUUUUGUGAUUA